CCCUUCACCAAGUGUUCGUGACUUGGUGGCUUGGUGAGGUUGCAGUUUCAAUUUUGACCUGUGUUUGCAGCACCAACAUGAACAUCAUUACGCUCCAGCAGUGGCUUCUCUUUGAAGCAGACAUCGCCUUGUAUCUUGCUGCCGGCCUCUCUUUCUCGAUCGUCUCGGGCUUCCUCUCGUGGUGUCUUCUCGCGACGCGGUGCUUCCACAGCAGCAAGCACCUCGACACUAUGAUCGAAGACCACACAUUUGCGCCUCUCGUCAAGGGCAACUCGCUCAGCCUCCACGACUCGCAGGUGCUCGUGACCCAAGUCCAGCUCCUCGACAACGAUGACGAGAGCUGCACGCAUGCGAGCUACACAAUCACAUUGACCUGGGGCGCCAAGCUUGAGGCGUCGCACACGAAGCUGCUCCGGAAGCGCUACUCGGAGUUUGCCCAGCUCAUCACGGCAAUCAAAAGCGAGAUCAAGGAGAUGGAGGAUCGCCCCGUCGUGCCCGUGCUGCCGUCCAAGUCGCUCUUGCGGCAGCUCAACCCCGCGUUUCUCGAGAAGCGCCGAUUGGGUCUUCAGCUUUUUUUGCACCAAGUGGCGUCCAACCCCAAGCUCGCCGACCUUCCGGCUGUGCGUCAGUUUGUUGGCUUGCAUUGAGCGACCAACGCCACGCUUUAUUUAAUCAAGGAACCGCACCACACAAGCCAAAACAUGUAGAGUAUAUCCUGUACUAUAGUAUAAUUGCAUUCCGAUUCAAUCAACGCUCGAAGUUGGUUG